CCCUUUGGACCCUGAGCAUGAAUUCCCACCCACCUGCAGUUAAAAACCUGAUUGAGUCGUGGCUUGGCCAAGUCCUCUCCAGGCAAACCCUGCUGUCUCCCGGCCACAGCAGGAGGGUGGUAGCAACAUGUUCUUCGUCCAAAAGGCAUCAGGGAGGCAGUCACGAGGUUAUACCCACCCUCUGUCACUCUUGGAUUGAUACUAAAGAAUUUUUGAGUCCUAUACAUCUCCCCCAGUUUUAUUCUCUAAGCAAAAUAUGAUCUUAUUUUUUUUUCUCCUCUGCCUUCACCUUUACCACAAACCUUGUAAAAGACAGGUAGAGGCUCUGUUGCUGCCGGGGGGGUGGUCUGUGCAAUGGCACCCUCACCUGCCUGAACCCCAGACAGCCCAGACCAUCCUGUAGAUAAUCUCUGGAAAUACAGGAAGCUGCAUUUUUAGCUUAACAUAGAUAAAGACCCAGGAAUGCAGAGCGGGGGGGGGGAGAAAAAAAUAUCAGGCUGCCAUCUCAUUCCAGCACAGCGUGGUGUGAUUUGGCAGCUGUACCUUAAGGCAGCACCUCUCUCACACAGAGAAGUUACAGUCACUUCUUGCUGAUGCUCAGGCUUAGCAUCGUCCUUCUCUGAAAAGCUUUACCGAAAGUGGCGUGCCCCAUCGGGGCUCCGGGCCUUGCGGUAAAUGAUCUUCGUGAUCUUAAUGAUCUUUUUCAACCAAAAUGAUUCUAUGAUUCUUCAGUGGGAGCCCGGCAGAAGAUGCAUUGGGCUGGCAGGCGGCUGCCUUCAGUAGGGCAGCUGCAAUUGCGCAAGAACAGCACCUAAACCAGCACACAGUCUGUUAGUCAGAGGGAGCAGAGGUUGGUCGGUCAUCAGGGAGCACCCAGCACAUAUAAAGGAUGAGAACCAGGAAAAGAACGCACAUCACCUGGGACAAGGACAUCUCAGCAGGUAUGUACGGCUGGCUUUGCCUCAGCAUGAGCUGCAGUAUAAGACUAUGGAAACUGAGUGUGGCUGAAGCAGCAUUGCCUGGGAAGGGGUGGAAACAGAAGUUUUCUGCCUGGACAACUACUUCAGAGCUAGACCAGAGCAUGCCAGGUGCUGCUGAUGGGCAGCUCGACAGAAGUGGGCAGCAGAAGUAAAGGAUGGCAGCUUUUGCAGUGUGUUGCUCCUGCACAUACACAUGUGCAUGUAUAUUUUAAAAUGCUGCUUUAUGACCUUGAUUAUUGGUGAAAUGUGGCUGCCUGCACCUCAGAACCCAUUUUCUCCCCACCAGCUAUUCCAACACCACUGAUGGUGCUGUGGAGUGGUAGAACCGGGGGUACUCGAGGUGAUGUGCUGAGUGUACUGGGUGCCGGCCAUCUCUUAGGAGAAGCUUCUCCAGGCUGCUGCCUGCUCCUGCUCCUCACCACAGCCUCUGUCCAUGCUGGGACGUGGUGUGCUCACACUUGGGGAGAGGAAGAUAAAGUCUGUGGCCCGCCCUGCCUGCAAAGGGCACAGUGUGUGUGUGUCUGCACCACUGGCUGCAGUUUCACGAUUAAUCUCAUCUGGCACUGAGGGAACUCCUCAUUUGGCACAGGAAACUGGUGAGGGGCCUGGAGCACAAGUCUGAUAAGGAGCGGCUGAGGGAACUGAAGUUGUUCAGCCUGGGGAAAAGGAGGCUGAGGGGAGACCUUAUCACUGUCUACAGCCACCUGAAUGGAGGUUGUAGCAUGGAGGGUGUUGGUCUCUUCGUCCAAGUAACAAGUGACAGGAUGAGAGGAAAUGGCCUCAAGUUGCGCCAGAAAAGGUUUAGAUUGGAUAUUAGGAAAAAUUUCUUCCUGGAAAAGGUUUUCAGGCAUUGGAACAGGUUGCCCAGAGAAGUGGUGGAGUCACCAUCCCUGAAGGGGUUUAAAAGACAUGUGGAUUAGGUUCUCAGGGACAUUGAAAGAAAUGGGUUGGGUUAUGGUUGGACUUAAUGAUCUUGAGGGUCUCUUCCAACUAAAAUGAUUCUAUGAUUCUGUGCUCCUAAACCUUCUCCUGCUGCUGCUCCUGCCUGUGCUUCUCACCACGAUGUCUGUGAUCCUGCCUGCUGCUGGGCAUCCCUGUCCCUGCAUGGGACCCCGUGCCCCCCCUGCCUGGUGUCCCCACUGCAGGGCUUGUCCAUGGUCUGUCCCCUUCCCUCCCCUCCCGGCUCCUUCUUCUUCAUCUGCCUGUGCGCAAGCUCCCCACAGGGGCUGCCAUUCCAGCAUGCCACGGGGUGUCACAUCAGCCACAGAUGCAGCAGGAAUUAUUGGGGGCUCAUGCAGGAACAGGCCAGGACAGUGGCCGGGACAGGGGUCCCCGGUGAGGGCCGAUGGAUGCUGUGGCCCCGCCACACCCACAGGUGACGGGGUUGCCUGUGCUUGCUCUGAAGGUGUCUGCCAACAGCCAGGUGACUUUUCCCAAAGGGCACAGCAGCUUUUUUACUGCUUAACAGCCCUGUUCAGCAGCAGCUGGGAAAGAUCCCUGUCUUUUAACCCCCUGCGCGAGCGGGUGGCUGAGGCAAUCCUGGAGGCUGGAGGUUCAUCCUUCGAGGCCACUCGUCACCUGAUGGGAGCAGAUAUCAGUGCCUCAGACACUAUCAGUGCAGCUGCCCUCCCGCUGCCUGCAGAAAGCUAGUGGAGAGCAAAUCACGCACAGGUGUUUUACAAGGUUUCUUCCUUCUUAGAGUGUAAUUCAGCAUCUCCUGUCCGCGUACUACCAGGGGACAAGGGUUGCCCAUAUGGCAAAACGCGGUGUCUGAUGGAAGAGAUGUGUUCAGGCCAGUCUAUAAAUGAUGGGGGGGCUGCAAGAGCUGCCGGCAAAGCCACCAGCUCAUUUGUCACCUGUUGAUGAUAGUGAAUAGCCGUGCAAUGCCACAGCCCAUCUCUCUCCAGUGUUGGCCAUGGGUAAAGCAGUCGAUGGUCAUCUGAGUGCUGGGCAUUGUAAUGUAUUUAUUCCACUGUAUGUCCGGAGAUUUACAUUUAAUGCUUAAGUUCUGUGUGCAGGGUGUUUCAAAAAUGUGGACCCGAUUUGAAAUCACUAUACAUGAAUAGAACUAUUGUGUUGAUAUUAUCUGUACAGCAGGUGGAGAAAACAUAGAGCAUUUAUAAAAAGGUUACUUCGUAACUCAUUAAGCCAUUUGUAAAUUUUUGUGUAAUUGUAACAUGUUCCCAUUGCAAAAUCAGGUCCACCUUUUUGAAACACCCUGUAGGUGUGUAAUACUGCUGUGCAAACAAUCCUUUUUGGUUUAUAGUGAUUUAACCAAAUUUAUAGGGCUUAAUAACAUCAUCCCUUGCUUCAAAAUGUAAAUGCUUCCCCUUUCUUUUUGCUCCACCCAGCAUCCUGAAACUUGGGCACUCCCUUGUCACACAAGGGCAGGGAGCACUGGGAUUGGGAGGGAAGGGCUGCUCUGCCAGCACCCCCGGACAGCACCUGGAGAGGCAGCAGUGCUGCCGGUGCAGGCAUGACAAAUGUGUCCAAGCUGGGCAUGGGCAGGCAGGGCACGACUCAUCCAAAGGCACCAUGUUAAACACUAGGAAUGCUGAUCGCAGAAACGGCCACGGGCUGUGUGGGGCCAUGGUGGUUGGAGAGGACCUCCACAUGGAACUGCCUCGAGACCCCUCCUGGGCAAAGGAGCAGCUGCCCAUGGUUAUGGGAUCCGAAGCUUGGGCUGCUUGACCAACAAUGAUUUCUUUACUGAAGGCAUGUGGCUGUGUAUGGUGAGCAGGAGACAGCCCUUGUAGCCUUUGCAUCUCAUCCUUGUGCUGCUUAGCAGGACGGUGCCGAGCUCAGGCACAGGGCAGGUACCCAGGGCGUGGGGUAGGGAGUGUGUUUGUACAGGAUUUCCUACGGGAGUUUUAUUUUAUUUUAUAUUUUGUUUUAUUAUUUUAUUUUGUCUUAUUUUAUUUUUGUUAAUUAUAGCUCCGUGCUUCACAGGGGCAGCAGGGAAGGAAGGGGCCACAGGUGGAGGUGGUGGAGAUGGAGGCAUAGCUGUUCUGUGGGCUGGCUGGAGUUGGGGAUGGUGGUGUGGAAAAGGAGCUCUGCUGCCUGCAGAAGCUGUGGCUCUGUUACUGGGGAAGGAUGGACAGGAGCAGGGCUCCAGGGACCGUGUGGCCCCAGGGGACUGAGCAAGAGGACAAGGAUGAUGUAAGUGGGGGAGAGAUGGGAACUGGGCUGUGGGUGACGGAAAAGGACAAGGAAAUCCUGUGCCUUGGAGCUGGAUAAGUAAGCAGGUGAAGAAGAGAGGCAGAGAGGAAGGCAAAGAGGCUGAGCUGCUUGGGGAACAAAGCAAAGACUAAGGUGACUUUUGAGAACUUGGGAGAGCCACAACUGAGCUGUAGUAGCUCUGGGAAACUGCAGACAUGACAAAAAAAUACCACUUUAUGCAGGUAGUGAGGAAAGUUGAACUGGGCAUGAGAAGACAGGAUUGAAGUGUUGAAGUGCUGAGGCUCUGAAGCAGAAGGGUUUCUGUAAAAUGAGGCAUUUCGCUUGCAGAGGCAGGGAGAUGAGGUGCUGCUGCCUUUACUGGAGGACUGGUUUUGGGGAGAGCUUUGCUGCGAAGAACAGUGGUGGCUGCCAGCAGAGCUGAGCCUCAUGCUUUGUGGUGGGGGUGGCAGUGACCCAGUAUCAGGGGACCCUCAGGGACGUGUGCUCCCUUCUCUGACCUUGUGUGCUGCACCCUGAGCAAGACACCGACUUCAGAAACAGCUGUAGCCUCUUUCCCUGAUGUUUUUUUCCUUCCAGACCACAAACUGCCUGUAGGGACCUGAACCCACACUGGCAAUGGCAUCUCAUCAUGUGGUCACAGCCCAGCCCCAAUUUUCGUCUGUCCCACAGGCAGGCGAGUGGCAGUCGGGGCUCCUGGACUGCUGCUCCGAUGUCGGUGUCUGUAUUUGUGGAGCCUUCUGCUUCCCCUGCCUGGGCUGCCAGGUGGCUGGGGACAUGAACGAGUGCUGCCUGUGUGGCCCCAGCGUGGCCAUGAGGACGCUCUACCGCACCAGAUACAACAUCCCGGGCUCCAUUCUGGGUGACUGGAUUGCCGCCAUGUUCUGCCCCUCGUGCUCGCUCUGUCAGCUGAAAAGGGACAUCAACCGGAGGAGGGAGAUGGGCAUAUUCUGAUGCCACCAUCCUUGCUGUGCCCUGCGGAGCUGCUGUGGGUGGAAGUUGCCGCUGCCUCAGCCUUUGGGAAAAGAACCAUGAGGGGUUUGCCUGGGUUGUGGUUGGUUCCCCCUUCCCUGGGUGACACCAGCAAUAAAUAGCAGAGUUUGCCUUCCU